CAUUUGGGGGAUAUCUGUACCGUCCUGACAUUUGGGGGAUAUCUGUACCGUCCUGACAUUUGGGGGAUAUCUUGUACUGUCCUGACAUUUGGGGGAUAUCUGUACCGUCCUGACAUUUGGGGGAUAUCUGUACUGGUCCUGACAUUUGGGGGAUAUCUGUACUGUUCUGACAUUUGGGGGAUAUCUGUACUGUCCUGACAUUUGGGGGAUAUCUGUACCGUCUUGACAUUUGGGGGAUAUCUGUACUGUCCUGACAUUUGGGGGAUAUCUGUAUUGUUCUGACAUUUGGGGGAUAUCUGUACUGUUUCUGACAUUUGGGGGAUAUCUGUACCGUCCUGACAUUUGGGGGAUAUCUGUACCGUUCUGACAU